AAUCUUGUAUUAUAGGUAGAAGCCACUCAUUCUCCGUCUACCCUUUUUUCAGUAUCUGGCACCAAUUCUGGCCCCAUCAUUUGCGGCCCACGACUCUUGUGGUAUGCCGAAGAUUUACAGGCAGUUUCUGUGGAACAUCUCCCUGUCCGUCUCUAAUCAAGUACCACAUAAACAAGAACUUGCCUAGUUACACAUGUGAGGACUAUUGCUCUGAUUGCCAAAAAGAUCAGUACAGGCUCCAGAAUGACAGCCACCCUCAAGUUGUUAAAACUUUUAAAAUACCAAGCAUCUUGUAAUCCUUCUGCCUACCGUGCAGCCCAAAGCAUGGCAUAUUGGAAUGUGGAAAACAGCACACAUCAUGGGAGACAGAACCUUCCUGAACAUAAUAGCUCCUGCUAUCCUGCCAAAGAAGUUAAGAACAUUGGCAAUGUCGCCUUGUCAAAGAGAAUCUGCACAACCAGCAGUGCCCACCUGGGUUUGGAAUCCAACAAAGCUUCUACCCUUAAGGCCAGCACAUUGCAUCCAGGCUCACCCAGUGCCAACGGAGCUGGUGAAGAGGAUGUAGAGGCUUUUGAUUCCUUCGAAGUGACCCGAGUGUUCUUAAAGCUAAGGCCAGAGUACCAGCUUCACAGCUAUAACAGAUCUGAGACUCACCAACCCCUGUCUGUUUCAGAAGGUGAACUAAUUUUGCACAAAGUCAGAGUUCAUCAAAAUAAACUCCAGCCAGAAGUCAUUACUACAUAUCUUUGUAAGCUGAGCACUCUGCCAGCAGAACAGCAUUCUGUUUUGCUGUCCAGUAACAGCUUUGCUUUGCUCCGCCAACUGAGUGUGAAAAACAUGCAGCUCUUUACUACCUCGGAUCUCAUCAGUAUUUUGAAAGCCUUUGCUGACUUAAGAAUACCUUUCUCCCCUUCAAUGCUGGAUAUGUAUGAAACCAGAUUUUGCCGUCUGGUGUGGGAGAUGAAUCUGAAUCAGCUUCUCCUGGUUGCUGAUCUUUGGCGGAACUUAGGCCACAGAGUGCCUCGUUUUUUAAAUUUUUUUUUUAGUUACCUUCAUUUACACUGGAAAGAGCUAUCCUUGUCUCAGCUGAUUCAUUUAAUUUAUAUCAUAGGUGAAAAUCGUCAGGUACCACAGGAUCUAAUGCAAAAACUGGAAUCACUGAUCCUUAAGUAUGUUGAUCUGAUAAAUUUAGAGGAGGUUGGUACAAUCUGUUUGGGGUUUUUUAAAUCAAGUAGUAGUCUCUCUGAAUUUGUCAUGCGGAAAAUUGGAGAUGUGGCUUGUGCUAACAUGCAGCACCUCAGCAGCCACACCUUAGUUCACAUUCUUAAAAUGUUCAGAUUCACCCAUGUAGAUCACAUGAAUUUCAUGAAGCGGUUUGGAGAAAUUGCUCCUCAGCGAAUCCCUUCAUUGGGGGUUCAGGGUGUCAUGCACCUCACUCUUGCCUGCUCCUCCUUACGCUUCCUGGAUGAAAGAGUAAUGAAUGCAGUAGCUGCCUCUCUGCCUCCAAGGGUAACACACUGUCGAAGUAAAGAUGUUGCCAAAAUUCUGUGGUCAUUUGGAACCCUGAACUAUAAGCCACCCAACACAGAAGAAUUUUAUUCCAGUCUGAUAAAUGAAAUCCGCAGGAAGAUGCCCGAAUUCCAUGAGUACCCGCAGCACCUUCUGACCUGCCUGCUUGGCUUGGCCUUUUCUGAAUACUUUCCAACUGAGUUCAUCAAUGUUGCUCUAAGUCCAGAGUUUGUCAGGUUAGCUCAAGAGAAUACUAAGUUUGAACUCACUAAGGAACUGUAUACUCUUGACGGUACAGUUGCCAUUGAGUGUCCAGGUUACCAGGGCAGUCGUCUUAAUUCUCACCUUCAGCAGGAGGCAUCUGUAACACUGUGGAAUUUAGCACGCAAGGAUAUGAGAUCAAAACCUGAGUUCUUAGAAGCGCUCUAUUUACUUGAGACCGUCUUAGGCGGCCCCCAGUACAUCAAGCACCAUAUGAUUUUGCCUCACACUCGAUCUUCUGACUUAGAGGUUCAGCUUGAUGCUAACAUGAAGCCAUUACCGAUUAACAGCAAAGUGACACCGAUGGAAGAUGUAGCCCAAUUACAGUUUAAGCAGGUGGGAGUCAGCCUCACAGAUGAUUUGAUGGAUCAGUUGCUAAAGGGAAAAGCCAAGAGGUAUUUCCAGGGGGAAAGUGAGUUAGAGACCAGCCAGCCACCUGUGGAGUUAAGAAAGAAGAUAGCCGUACCCUUGUCAAACUCUGCUAGUAACGUGACAGAUAGAUCGGGGGAUGUGGGGAUUGAUGGCCUGUGCCCUGUAGCCCACACACAGCCCCCACUAGUGAAGCUAGCUAUUCAGUUGACAAACAGGAAUCAAUAUUGCUAUGGUACCAAGGUUCUGCUGGGACUGCACAAUAUGAAGAGGAGGCAGCUGGCUCGAAUUGGGUACCGUGUGGUAGAAUUAUCCUACUGGGAAUGGCUUCCACUACUGAAGCGGACUCGCUUAGAGAAACUAGCAUACCUCCAUGAGAAAGUGUUCACCUCUGCUCUCUGAAGGGCCUUCAUGGGCAUUUAUGCUCAUAAAAGCAAUAGAUGCACACCCUACACCUGUAGAUUGAGUAUCCUUAACCAGAAAAUGAAAGUAAAAAAUGUUCCAAAAUCUGAGUACUGACAGAUCUCAGAUCAGGGAUAUUCAAGUGGUAGUCCAUGCAGAAAACCCAGACUUGAAAUCUGAAACACCUCUGGUCCUAAGUAUUUCAUACAGGGAUUCUCAACCUGUCUUUUAACCAAGUAAUUACAAAAGUGUAGGUGGACAAUAAAACCAUGUACCCAGUAGCUAUGGGUAUACUCUUUUCUGUUGCAGAACCUGUAGCUAUUUAUGUUACUACAGAGUGUGUAUAACCUAUGGUGGUGGCAAGCUACUGUGGUUGUGUAUUUUGCUCAGAAUAAAUAAGCAUCUUCAAAAUG